GCAACACUAAGUAUGAAAAGAAGAAGAAGAAGAAGAAGAAGAAGAAGCUCAUUUCUGGUGUAGCUGUUUGACAUUAGCUGAAAUGGGAAGCUAACAGCCGGGGGAGAAGUUUUCUGCUUGCACUUUAUUAAAAGUCAGGAGACGUUGAUGCGCUAAGAAAUGGGAAACAAAGUCUAAGAACAAGUCUCAGAUUUUUAUCGACAACACAGCGGGGCUGCAGCAGGUGGAAGCAGCAGCCGCCGCCGCCGCGGAGAUGGUCAGCCUGAACUGGAAGCCGUUCAUCUACGGAGGGAUGGCCUCGAUUGUCGCAGAAUUCGGGACAUUUCCCAUUGACCUGACAAAGACCCGGCUACAGGUUCAGGGUCAGUCUCAGUACACCGAAGUGCGCUACAGAGGCAUGUUCCACGCGCUCUUUAGGAUCGGCAAGGAGGAGGGCGUCCGGGCGCUCUACUCUGGGAUUUCUCCCGCUCUGUUGAGACAAGCUUCUUAUGGGACAAUCAAGAUAGGAACCUACAACUCUCUGAAGAGGCUGUUUGUGACUCAUCCAGAAGACGAGACCAUGGUCAUCAACGUCUUCUGUGGUGUCGUGUCUGGAGUCCUCUCCUCCUCUCUGGCCAACCCCACUGAUGUCCUCAAGAUCAGAAUGCAGGCGCAGGGCAGUCUUCUCCAAGGCAGCAUGAUGUCCAACUUCAUCAACAUCUACCAGACAGAGGGCACCAGAGGGCUGUGGAGAGGUGUCAUCCCCACAGCGCAGCGAGCAGCCAUUGUCGUCGGGGUGGAACUUCCUGUCUAUGACAUAACGAAGAAGCACCUCCUUCGCUCUGGCGUCAUGGGAGACACAAUUUUGACACAUUUCAUCUCAAGUUUCACGUGUGGCUUGGCCGGAGCGCUGGCCUCCAACCCUGUAGACGUGGUCCGGACCCGCAUGAUGAACCAGCGGGUUUCAUCGGGAAGCCCCAUGUACAAAGGAACGUUGGACGGAGUGAUGCAGACGUGGAAGAAUGAGGGCUUCUUCGCUCUCUAUAAAGGAUUCUGGCCUAACUGGCUGCGACUGGGACCUUGGAACAUCAUUUUCUUCAUCACCUUCGAGCAGCUGAAGAAGCUCCCAUUUUAACACGAGCACAAACUGGGACUUCGCUGGUCUGUCAGACUGUGUCGGGUGUAAAUGGGGUGUGAGCUCGGCAGCGCCUGGAGUUUUGACACCAGUAUAUUCGCACUCCCUUCAGAUUCAUCCCAGUGAUACAAUACGGUAUCAGUCAUCUGCUCAUGCAAAUCUUAGAUUUCUUUUUUCCUUUUUAUUUGCAAAGUGUUUUAUUUAUUGUCACUGGUUCUGUUUUCGUACUGUUUAAAGGACUGUUGCUUUGAUGAUUAGUCUCACCCUCAACCACCUUUGACACUCCCCCAGGCAGCUAAACGUUUGGUUGUAGGAGAAGACUGAAAGGCUAGGUUCAUUUCACUUGAGUUGAUGAGAAAGACGAGAGUUUAUCACCGUGGAAUCUUGAGAUGACAAUUGACGAUUGUUUGCUCAGGGUUCCUACACAGAUAUAGAAAAAAAAUGGGAUAAGAAUUUAUUAAUAAGCUAGGAAUUGCACAGUGCCAGCUCAGACAUGCAUGGCCACGCUAGGUUUUUGGAGUUUUGAAAAAAGGAGAAAAGAAUAUGACAUUUUAAAAUCAAUCAGUGUGUAGAAACCCUGUAUGUUAAAUGCGUUGGCGCUGCAUGACGUGUGCUCGGAAAAUAAGUCAGAUUGAGCUGUUGACUGAUUUGCAUGGAAGACAACAAAACCGACUGUUAUAGGUAGCACAGAAUUCACACUGACAGAAAGGAGGAAAUAUUUCUCAACAACAGUUUUAAUCUUUUAAGUUGCCAUUCAACACACAAACGUUUGUCUGAAUUUAUAGCUGAGGUAAACUUUUUUUUUUUUUCUAUUAUGAAUUGUUGUUUUUAGGAAAAGCAAAUACCAGAGACACAUUCAGACCCAAUCUCUGAACAUCUGUGAUCUUAAUGAGCCACUGAAGUUUAACUUGAAACAAUCAAAAAUCUGAACCAAAGCCUCUAAUGACAAAAGGAGGAGACACUUUCAACCAAAACAAAGUCUUUUAUUUUAAAGUUAAUCCAAAUCAGUUGGUUUUGUUCUGCAGUAUUAGGAGCUAAUAGAGUGCUAGCAGUCCAUAGUUUUAUUGUUAAGCCACGAGACAACAAUCCAGCACAUAAUGUAAAUCGCUCUACAGAAUAUAUCUCACAUGGAGGUGGAUCUAUAUUAUCUUGCGCAUGUCCAGGUGUUUUAUUUUGAUCUAAAGUCAUGGCAUGAAUAGAAAAGUGGCGACUGGUGUGGAUAGAAAGUGGAAAAGGGUCCCUCUGUGCCAAAAAGUCUUUCUACUAAACUGGGUUAAAUUUAUUUGCAGAUAAUUCUGAAAAAUGUUUCGUUUGCAGCGACUGAGUAAAAUUUUGUUCACAGGAGAAACUCAAAAGUAUCUGAAAGUCAGUGUAGUAUGUUGUUUUGUUUUAUAACACAUUUGAAUAUUGUGGAUCACAUUCUGUAAACUCAAUGUAAAACAGAUCAAAUGUUGUUUGUUAAUUAUUUUAUGGGGAUCCCAUACGUGUACAAUAUCUUAACAGUAAUCCUAACGCAUGCUACAAAUGAUUUGCAAAUACUAAUUGUCCCUUGUUUGACUUGCACAGUCCACGUCAGGUGACCUCAGUCUUUCAUCCACCUGCAUCACCAAAACUUUUCUUUAUGUCAUCAAAUAUUAUUAUAUUUUCAACCAAUUUUUUGUCAUUUUUAUUUGUUUCAAAAGCUGAUUGUUAUUAUUUUCUCAACUUUUGCUGCUUUCAUCUACAUAUACAGUAGGUUUUUCCUUAGCCAGCUUCUCCUUUUUCUGAUUAAAAACGCAUGUCCUUUUGCCCCGAAAUGCAUCAGCUAUCCUCACAGCUGCAAAGAUCUCACAAACGGUCUUUCUUUCAAAUUGACCCUGAUUGCGGAGUCCAAAAUCAAACCAUCAAUGUUUCCAAAUGUAAACCCAAUAUCUCGAGCGUCACCAAAGUGGGUAAAAUAUGUAUCUGUAAGGAGUUCAUUAACUUCACACACUUGAUUUUAGAGUUUUUUGGGAACUUGUGCUGAAGAGUGGAGCAGGUUCGAGAGGCCACGCAGUUUUGAGUGUGUGUUGAAGUCCUAUGGCUGGACUCCUGAGAACAGAACAGUACGUUGGAAAACGUUUAUGUCAGGUGUUGAUGUAAAGAUAUUUUAGUCCUGGAGUUGUCGGAGAGUUGCACUGUUACAGCCUCACGCUUUUACAAAUAAUGGUACUCGGCCAUAAUGUUGCUCCUCUGCCUACGCUGAUGCCUCAUUACCAUAUUGAGUGUGUGGGUUUUGCAUUUUUAUUUUAGUUACUGUCUACAGAUUAUAGUUCUCAGUAUUUAAGUUAAGGUUUAAAAACAAGUUUCAAAACAUUUCAGUGCGUUUGAGAGGAGAUGUUACCUCAGCAGUCGUGCUUUCCUGAGCCAUUUAGCAAGUUAUUCAUAGUACUGUGUGUCACAAUAUAAACCACUGUGACCUGUGAUUCAUCCAUAAAUUCAUCUGGAUUCUGAUCAGGUUUAUUUGAAGUUUAACCACCUUGAUGAGUAACCAUUUAGUGUCAGUAGAGUUGUGAAUGAGUUUAAGUCGGGUUAUAGAUAUUCAGUGUGUGAGCGUAGAGUUAAUCUGAGAUUGACUUGUUCAGCCUAUUAAAGGGUAACUUCUGUAUUCUUUUCAACCUGGACCUUAUUUUCCCGUCGUUUUUGUGUCUAUUGGUCGAGUAAUAAGCGAGCACGUUGCAGUCGGCAGCAGCGAAACAGCUGCAAUGUAAUCCUUGCAGGCAACUGCGCCACGUCAAAGUACAUCCUCUAAAGUGCUUGUUUUUGCCACGGAAAGGCUCAGAUUGUAUUAAUAAGUGUCUGACAACAUUGUGGAAAGAAUUCCUACAGAGAUAGACCUUCUAAGAUCAUUUAUGUUUAACCAAAAACAGCUACUAUAUGAAUUUUGUAGAAUACAGGAGUUGCUGUUCUGUCGCCGCAUCAGUCGGUUAGUUUGUUCAGAUCAGACAGAAAGCGUUUUGCAGGUUUGAAAACGCAAGGUGCCUUUUUUUUUUUUUGGUUGAAUUUGGAAAAGAGCAGUGUACUGUGUUUUUUUUAAUGUUGCUAGGCAAGAUUAUAGCGCCAGCGAUCUGUAAUCUCUGGUUUGCUGCUAAGUAAAAACUCUUGAUCACAACUCACAAGGGGCGCUUGCUCUGGCAUUGUUUGAGGGUGAGAGGUGUACAAACACGCAGGAGACGGGGAAACGGAGAUCCGUGUGGGUACAUGAGACCCUCAGAAAGAGGAGACACCACUGGUCGGACCACCAGCUGGUCCAGGAGCUUCGUCUCAAUGAUGGUCGGUUCAAGGCUUAUUUUAGGAUGACUCGGGGACAGUUUGCGCUACUUUGAAAACGCAAGGCGCAGAACGCUCACUGCCAAUAGAAUACAAUUUAAAAUACGCCCCUCUCAUUGCAAAAAACUCAUUCUGUCUGAUGCUGUCUGUUUUUUUUUAUUUAAAGAGUUAAAAACAACAUAGUCACACAAUAACACAAACUAUCCGAUCGAGGCAGCAGUUUACCAAAACGGGAAAAGUACUAUUUUUGUCAAGGGAGUCAGGUGGCUUUGAUAAGAGCGAUGCAGCGGCUCUUUCUGGUUAAACAAAAAGGGUCUUACCCUUUUAAAAAAAAAAAAAAAGAAAAAAGGUAUAUUCUUUCCAUAAUGUUGUCAGACACUUUUAAAAACAAUCUGAGUCUGUCGGUGGCAAAAACAAGCGCUUUAGAGGAUGGACUUUGAUGGGGCUCAAUUGCCCUGUUUCGCUGCUGCCUACUUCAGCGUGCUCGCUUGAUACUCAACCAAUUUCAACAGAAGUUACCCAUUAAGCUAGAUUGAGAAGAGGCAGCAGAGAAACACAAGAAUCUAAAUUGUUAAUCAAGCAACGUUUUUUUUUUGUUUGUUUUUUUUUUUGCUACCCAAAAACUCACUUGAUGCGCGCCUUUGCACAUUGUUGUGAAUGUAAAUGCUGCUGUGAUACCUGGUCUGGUAAGUUGUUAAGACCAGUGUGUUGUGUUAGGACGCUCAGCACAGCAAGUGGCAGCAUAUCUCAAGUUGUAUUUUUAGUAAUUAGGGCGGACUGGCCCUUUAAUCUGCUGGGAAACCAGGUGGCAUCAGUUUAUUGCGUGUUCACGUUCUUUUUAGUGUUACACAAACUGUCCAGCCUUUAAAACGUCAUGUAUGUCUGUGAUUGUGUUGUAAAAAAUUGCAGUUUUGGCAAAAUUAUUAUAGGACCAUAUUUGGGAAUCUUACGUUUUAAGCCUUUUCAGAGUUUCAUCUAUUUUAUAAUUAUUUUAAAGACUUUUUUUUUUAAUGUUAAUCUGAAUUGACUUUAAAACGAUUCAUGUGUUUGUUAUUUAACUCUGUUCUGUGGACCUGGGAACAGUUCAGAGGAUGAUGCGGCCCGUUCCCGCUUGAAUCCCUUUUUAAAACUUUCCAACCCUGUUUCAGCUCUGACCAUACAGCGCAUCACUGAGUGGUGUGCUCAGGCGUGUGCUCUGUUUCACCUGUAACCACACCCAACAGUGAUGUCACAGGGUCCCUGAGUACACCUGUACAUCACAGCAGCAAGAUCAGAAGUUAAAUUACUGAAGAUUUUACUGAAGAAAACUAAAUGAAUGUACUGUGUUUUAAAGCUAGGAUUUUUUUGACAUGGCAGUGAUUUAAAAUUAUUCUUAAAGGAACAGCUCAACAAAUUGGGAAAUGUGCCUAAAAACGUGAUUUUACGGGGAGUGAUGUGGUGUAACGGUUUCUUGGUGAACAACAGUGACUUCCCAGAAGUGCUAGUCGUCAAGAAGUAGUUAAAGCGCAUAACUCCCUCCAAAACCACAAAUUGACUGUACGAGAAAAUGAUUCAGCAAAAUGUAUCAGCUGUAUUAAAAAGUAUUUGGCCAACGGUGCAAAUAUGCGGGUCACUGAAUUUGAACUUGACCAGAAACAUUUGCACAGAUUUACUUCACCAGCUCCUAGUAAAUCCACUAAUUGUGCCGAUUCAAUUGGAAUUAAUUCAAAUUGCCACAAAAUUUAUUCUCAUACCGGCAUCGAUUUUUAUAAGAACACGAUUCACUAUUUCAUUGAUGAAGGAAUCUCUUGUGUUGUCUGAUUUUUAGCAGAAACCUUGACGAGCAUAUUUUAACUUCACUUUGAACAAGUUGUCCAUUUCACACACCAGCUGUGUGUAAAAUGUGUCGGCAGCUAAUAAAACAGACUAGCUUUGAGCUAGUUCAUUCUUAACCUUGGGAGAAGUAGUUUGCCAAUAUAAUCUGAACUAAAGGUCCACUUACUUGCUUGUUAUAAACCAACCGCAGCUCAGCUCCGUUAUAUGAAACUUCGGUCACGUGACACCAGGUGGUCGUACAGCACAUGUUUAAAGAUGAUCUUUGGCGUUGGAUGUGAAAGCCCAGCUUGAUCUUGGUCUAUAACCUCUGACCACUUUCUAGUCUCUGCUGUGACCGGUUGUGGCGUGAUUUUGACAGACAGCUGAUGUUGUCUGUCUCUUGAGUUCAUUCGGUCUCUCGUCCAGGUUCCGGUCUUCAGGGUGUACCAGCAGAGAUCUCAAGCUGUUGAAUAGUUUGUGGUAAGUGCCGAGUUCUUGUAACUUGAGGACUGCGGCUAGGCGUUCAGCCACGUAAGGGAGUCCUACUGUCUUGUCCUGUCGGGUCUGGAUUAUCCGUUUGUUGACAGUCUUUAUCAGCAGAUGGGGGUUUGCUCAUGUGAAAGCUCCGGACAAGGUUGUGAAGUGGACUUUGAGUCAAGUAUUGGCUUUGACACAAAUCUGAAUGAUCGUCAGUGUCACAGUGAUUGUUGAACUCUGACGAGCCUUGUGCUCAUGAUUGUGAAGCGAUUUAUCUUGUGAGAGAGAGCUUGUGUUUGAUGGAAGGAAAGAAGUCAGAAAAUAGUUUCCUCCACAAGAGAACCUCUACAAAAUGUUUUUCUGGUGUGCCAUGAUCAGAUUUUUUUUUUUUUUUUUAAAGGUUUCACAACUUUUAAACAUGUUGAAUCUGUAAACUUCUCUCUCGCUUGUAGUAAAUUGUGGUUUUAUUUUGCUUUUCAUUUGCUUGUUUUGACUCACUAUAAAACAUUUCAUAUUUUUCACAAGCUUAACACCCACUUUCCCUUCAGACAUCUAAUCCCUUUCCUAGCAAUCUGUUCAUCUACCUGUGACUGAAUCAAGUCUGUUUGGUUUGCCUGUCUGAACAAAACUAAAACACAGUUGCACUUAUCAAAUUAAGAAGAUAUUGGCCAUUAAUUUAGUAUUGGAUUUUGGCUUGUUGGCAUCAUUCCUCCUGAUCACAGCCUGGAAACCUGCGAGGAAAUUGUUUUUCUGGAUAUUUAGUUUAUUGGUUUGUUCAGUGACACUUCUUUUAAAAUGAAUUAAUUUUAUUAUUUUUUUUUCAUUUAAUAAAGGCCAAAUAGUUGUGCAUCUUCUAACAAACAGAGAUUUAUUCAUGUCCCACUUCUGUCAAGAUGCUUUAGUUCAGAGGCAUCAGUCAAAAUGUUUUGUUUUUAAUAUACUUUGAGUGUGGAAACUGUUAUUAAUGGACAAAUCUACACCUGUGUGGCCGUCUGACAGGAGAAGAAAAUAUAAAAAUAAAUAUUUUUGUAAAUUUUCUCUUCACUUCCACUUGUUAUUUGCACUUUGCUGUAUUGUUGCCGUCUAUAACCUUUAUGCUUGAUCACUGGAUGAAUUUCUAUAGUGGAAGAUUUAAGAUUUUUUGUUAUUUUUCUUUGACUGAUUGGGGUUGGCUUUAUACAAAUUCAAUGUUCACUCAAAUAAAAUAUAUGCUGUGA